UAUAUAUGUGGGUGUCUGUGUCUGUCUGUGCGCCUGUAUACGCGCACGCAGGGCUCGGUGUGGUGUGAACGCCCUCAGACAGGGAAAGCGGGAUGUGCCAGCAAAACCUGCGCUGGAUUUGUGGUGUCCUGUGAGUUUCCUGUCUCUGGUGCCGCUGCAGGAAGCCAGGGGGUUGCUGUUUCCUGCCUGCUGGAGAUGCAGUGCUCUCCGGUGAAGUUGUCCUUGGGGAAUUGUAGAAUUGGUGAGCAGAAGACUUGCUUUUAAUGAAAUAUCCAGCAUGUGUUGAGAAACACAUCAGAAAAUCCAGCCAAAAGCCAAUGUCAUCUGAAUCACCCACAGACAGUCCAGAGGUGCCAAUGGAAAAUACCCCUGAAGUUCCUGAUGUGGAAGGAAAGGCGAAAUCAAAUGACAAUCCAGUAGAGAGACUGGAGGCAGGCCCAGGCAAGGAAGAAUGCCUUGAGUCCAUGUCCAAGAGGCAAAGGAAGAAGCUGUUGAAGCAGAAGCAGUGGGAAGAACAGAAAGAUCUACGGAGGCAGAAACGAAAAGAAAAACGCCAGAAGAGAAAACUAGAACGUCAGUCGAAAUUGGAUUCCAGUAGUGAGGGGAAUGACAGGAAGUGCAUGCGCAGGGAAGUUGUUCCUAGCACACUUCGCCUCAUCGUGGACUGCAGCUUUGAUGACCUGAUGGUGUUAAAGGAUGUUAAGAAGCUUCACAAGCAGAUUCAGAGAUGUUACGCAGAAAACCGCAAGGCAUGUCAUCCUGUGCAGUUUUACUUGACCAGCCAUGGGGGACAGUUGAAGACCAACAUGAAUGAAAAUGACAAAGGAUGGGUGAAUUGGAAGGAUAUCCAAAUUAGAACAGAGCACUAUAGUGAACUAAUAAAGAAAGAAGACCUAGUAUAUCUUACCUCAGAUUCCCCAGAUGUUCUCAGAGAGCUUGAUGAGAAGAAAGCCUAUGUGAUUGGAGGACUGGUGGAUCACAAUCACCACAAGGGAAUUACUUACAGAAAAGCUGUAGAGCAGGGAAUUGGUCAUGCACAGCUCCCACUUGGAAACUUUGUCAAAAUGAACAGUCGGAAAGUGUUAGCUGUCAAUCAUGUGUUUGAGAUCAUCCUUGCAUACCUGGAGAAGAGAGACUGGAAGGAGGCCUUUUUCAGUGUGCUGCCACAGAGGAAAGGGGCUGUUCCUUUGGGAGAAGCUAAUGAUUCAUCCACACAUGCUCUGUCUGGAAAAGAAGAUGAAGACAAUGACUCGGACAGCAACUAGGCUUCAGAAUUGGAUGAUGGGAAGGACAAGACAUGCAGUUCAGGGAAUAAAACUGGGACAUGAAGUAGUUUUACUUCAAAGACCACCUGUGGCCCUUGUAAUGCUGAAUUGUCUCGGUGCUUGGUAGUCCCAGAGCUGUUUCUGUGCAUGAAGGGUUAAGUUAAAAGCAGGUUUUUUACCCUGAAACUUCAAUAUAAUAGCUUUUUAAAAAGAAAAAAAAAAAAAAAAAGAAGAAAUUAAUGCAGCAUUUAUUUUUUCCGAGGGAAGCUGUUUAAUUUAAUUUUUUAAAUGUUAUUUUUUAUACAUAUCAAGUUGGGUGUAAAUGCCAAGAACAUUAGUAGUUAAUAUUUUAAUGUAUACAUUCUUGUCUCCAUUUCUGUUCAUAAGUUUUCUUAAAAGCAAUGAAUGACAAGUGUUCCUUUGGUUCCAAAACCUGUACCACUAGUGCCUGCUGCAAAGUUGUGCAUGAACACUCAAAACAAAAAUUCUGAUUUUCCUGAGCAUCUCAACAGACAAUCACAAACAACUGAA